AUGGAGGCUCCACCCCCCGAUAUACUCGCCAAAGAAGUCGAAACCGCCAUUGGCGCCCUCAUCCAGGCCUCCAAGCUCAGCCAACUCAUCGUCAAGUCCCACGACAAGGGCACCAUCACCAAAGACGACCUCAGCCCCGUCACCAUUGCCGAUUUUGCUGUUCAAGCUCUCCUGAUUGCCUCUUUCAAAGAAAUCUUCCCCAACGACACCUUUGUGGGCGAAGAAGAUGCCUCCGAUCUACGCGCCAACGAUGCGUUAAUGACUCGCGUUUGGGACCUCCUCAACACCAUUGCCCAAGACGAAUUCACCCAGCAGGGUGCCUGUAAGCUGCCCCAGUCAAAGGAGCACAUGUGCGACUUGAUCGACCAGGCCGGCUCGAGCAGCCCCGGAGGACCUGGAUCCGGCAGGGUCUGGGUGUUUGAUCCUAUUGAUGGCACCAAGACGUAUGUGAAGGGCCAGCUGUACGCCAUCAACGUCGGCCUCAUUGUCGACGGCAAACAGGCCUUUGGAGCUGUUUCAUGUCCGAACCUGUCAUUACGGCACAAUGGCGAUCUCAAAAACGAAAGUGCCAAUCCUGAAGGCAGUGGCUGCAUCCUGUUUGCCAUCAAAGGCCACGGUGCCUUUUACAGAUACUUGGAUUCACAUCACAAAGAGCUGAAGAGCCCGAUUCUUUCAAUACCGUCAACCUUUGCAGGGAACCAUAGUGGCUUCGUCACAUGUACUGGCCUUGUUGAUUCAGCUCUCGACGGAGUACACGACGUUGUUGCUCAGCGCCUGGGGCUUCAAUUCCCCGGCAGUGACGUCGUCCCUUGGGUUGUGCGAUGGGCUGCUCUGGCACUCAGCAUAGGCAGCGUCACUGUCUGGGUGUAUAAGCGUCGUGAUCGCUAUGCAAAGGCCUGGGACCAUGCGGGUGCUAUGCUUCUCUUUGAAGAGACGGGUGGAAAGAUUACUGACGUGCAUGGAAAGGAUAUUGACUUCUCAGCGGGAAGAAAGCUGAGCAACAACUUUGGAUUUGUGGCUGCGCCUGUGGCAUUGCAUGCCAAGGUGCUGGGGAUUGUGCAAGAUGUGCUCAAAGAACAGGGAAGAGAUGAGUUUCUACAGUAG